AAAUAAUACAAUUAUAAAGUAUCAUGUCAUCGAAUGACGUAGCAGUUUGUCAUAUUUAUGAUAAAUUAAGCUCUAAAACUGGAUUUAUUGGAAAGUUUGUGACAAAUGAAGAGAUUUCUCUUCAUGGAUUCCAGCCAGUGUUUUAUUCAACAAAAGAUGCUCCCACUAAAUAUGCCAAUACAGACGAAAUUAAUGUAAUUCAUGUUUCGGAAAACUUUAUUCUGGAUGAUGAGAUUUUGAGAAGUUUGGUUGCUGAAUCCUGUAAUAUAUUUUACAAUCUACAAUCAAUUAAGACCAAAUCAAAUGAUGUAUUCCUACAAACAUCAAGAGUCUAUCGUUCUGCAAUAAGAGCAACUUUAAACAAAUUACAGGAAGCAAUUAUUGAUGAUUGUGGCGAAAAUGACAUUAAAAAGUAUGAAAGCUUCAUUACAAUAUUCUAUUCAAUCGAAUGCUUAUGGCAUUUAUGUGAAUUCCUGUUAAUCGAUCGAUCAACGAUGUCUGUCGUACCAAAUUUACUUGAAUGGACCAAGUUCCAUUUUCCAUCACCAAGCCAGUCUGCUGCAGAAAUGCUCAUUAACAAGGACCGUGAUCUAGAAUUUCGCGAAAGUUAUUGGGAGACUGUCAGAGGACUUAUUUUACAAGGGCAGAUAGAUAUCGUUCGAGCUUUAUUGAGAUUUCAUUCAUCAUCUGAAACAAUGACCUUCCAACUUGCUGAAAAGGAAUUGCAGACAAUGCCAGUAUUUAAUUCACAUGGAGGACUUUCGAUUCAAAAGUUUCGUUCUCAAUGGUCGUUUUGGUCAAGUGCGCUGGAAACAAAAUUAGAUUCGGGUCUUUUUUCAACAGAAAUUGAAUUGGAAAAUAUCAUGAAACUUAUAGUUGGAGAUAAGCAGGCAUGGAUGCAAGUAUGUCAGGAUUCAAAGUGCUGGUAUGAAUAUUUCGCUGGAUUUCUGUUUUUUACUCAACCAGCUGUUCGAUAUUUUGAGUUGGGAACAUUUGCUGAUAGUUGGCUAGGUCGAUGGUCAAGUACGAAAGGAAUGAGAGGAUACACUGAAUUAAAAUCACUAGAUUUAAUGGUUUUAGCAACACUUAAAAACGACAUGGCAGAACUGAUUAGUUCAAUUCAAGAUAUGGGAGAUAACAAAUGGUUUGUGGUACACAUAGUCGAUCUUCUUGUUCAUUGUGAUCAAUUAAGAAUCAGUGACGAAUCAAAUGGACCAUCAGUAGUUGCUUUGCGUGAAUGUCUUAUUUUUGAUUAUGGAACAAUGUUAAUGUCUCAUGGUAAUCUAUGGGAAAUUGGAAUGGAUUACUUAAAAUUUUCGUCGUCUGAAGGACUUGGUGCACGAGAAGUAUUGCUGCAAAGAGUUCCAAUAAAGAAUGACAUUCAGGCAAUGAAGAUUAUAGAAAUAGCCCGAAUUAAUGGAAUCACGUCAGUUGAACAGGAAGUUUGUCGAGUAAUGGUUAAAAGAUCACUUUUCCUUGAGAACUAUGGAAAUGCACUUGAAUGGGCUAUACGCUCACGUGACAAUAUCUAUGUCACGAAAGUUGCUAAUAUUUUUCUCAAUCAUUAUUGCAACACUGGAAAAAUGAUGCACAAAGAUCUUCUAUCAAAUAUUGGAGCAAAGAUGUUUAUUGCUCCAAGGCUUCUGUUUUUAAUUAAAUACUUUGAUUUUCAUCAAUUUUACAGAGCUAGAGCUUUUUCGCAAGCUGCAGAACUGCUUGUAAAUUUACUCGACUCAAAAAUUAUUCCUGAAUUCUUUUGGCCAUCAUUAUUAGCUGAUACAAUUCCCCUACUUGAGCAUAACGAGCCAAUUAUACCAACAAAAGAAACAUACAUCAUAAUGCAUCAUCUAGAAAGUGAUCUAAUUCCGUAUUUAGCGAAGACAAAGAAAGAACGUGAAAAUAAAAAGGAACAAGAAGGUGAAUUGAAUCUUAUGAAUGCUUGUUCCGAUGAUCUUGUUCAACUUUUGAGAUUGGCAUGUGCGCGAAAUCUUUCAAGAGCUAUGAUUAUUGAAAAUACAUUGGUUCGUUAAUAAUCUUAAAGUAUUUCCUUUUCUUUCCUUAAAAUGGUCAAUAAAUGUUUUCUUAUGUCUAAAUCA